AUGUCGUUACACAUAUACAUAGCUCACACCGGUGAGCAGAUGCUGGCAGACCCGGUUUCUUUUGCUUCGCCAGAUGCGUUGCGCACAUGGAUAUCUCGACAUACCCAGAUUCCCGUCCAGAGGCAGAUAUUAAUGACCGCCAAAGGGAAGAGUGUCAAAACCCAGAGCUUAGCGACAGAGGAUGAGAUUUAUGUAUACGACAGACAGAAUGUGAGCGAGCAAACGAGCAACAGCGCCCCCGAGGGACACUCGCCACCUCUAUUGACGCUCCAAGACCCCCCUGACGUACUUGCGGACCGGAAUAACCUACAGUCAUGGAAGGAUCUCUUCAUGGCCCGUCGGUCGUGGGCACUCAAUCUUGCCGCGCACUGCAACUCCAUGGCUAAAUCGGUAGACGACCACCAUACACGAAUAGAUGUUAUCCGGCGUGGCGUGGCUGUGGCCCGGGAGAAUUUGAAAUCUCAUGUUGGAAACCUGGAGCAUAAGUUCCAGGAUACCCACAACUGGGCCAACGAGCUUGUGAAAGACCAGCGGUCUGCACUCAAAGACUGGCAGCGCGCUUACCAAGACCUCAGUGCAAUUCCUGCGAAGAGCGAUUUUACCUUCCUACGGCGGCCGACACCGAAGAAGCCAAAGGCUCAUCGUACGGGGACAUUACAAGAUUAUAUCGAUGCAGAAGAAUUGCAGAAUGCAGUAUCACAGGUUUCAUCACAAUCACAACGUUUCUCCCGACGUGUUGAUGAUCUUGAGAAGGAAGUCCGUGACAUCUCUUCCCAGGCGGAAUUGUUAGACAAUGCCACAUCAAAUAUUUCUGCCAAAGAAGUCGAACAGUCUCUUCUAGAAGAAAUUGAAAGACACGCUAGAAAGAUCACCAGUGAUUAUACCUCGGUUUUAGCUCUACCAAACGACUCCGGUUCGAUAUCAAGUGUUUCUAAAAUAGCGCUAGUACAUACGAAAAAGGUCCUUCCCAAGAUGGCGGAUACUAGCCGCAGCUUACGGGAUACACUGAGCUCUGCUAUAAAAGAUCUAAAUACCGCUAUGAAGGAUGCUGCUGGACAGAUGCAAAAGAUCUCGUCAAUAGAACUACGGUUGGCAAAGACCCAGGCUGAUAUAGCAGAACUGAACGUUGAAACCGAUGCGUUCGACGUACUGUGUCUUGUUUACCAUCUACCCUCUAUCUACGGCUCGAUUCUGAUCGAAUCCGCCCGCCGCUAUGAAUGGACUGACAAGAUGAAAACCGACUCAAGGGAUAUUGCUGAGGAAUUAGCUAUAUUUCGAGACGAGGAGCAACGCAGGAGGAAGAAAUGGGCCAAGCGAAUGGGCGACUUCCUUAAUCCAGCAGACGAUAGUGCCCCGUCUGUAGAAGUUAACUUGCAGGCAGCAAAAGAUGCGGGGUGGCCAGAGGUCUCUCGAGCCGAAAUUGAAGAAUACAUCGAACUAAUCGAGAAAAAGGACGGGAUGGAAGAUGCCGUUCAGGAGCUUAAACAGCUCUUUAAAGAACUAGAUACCCCUACCAGACAACAACGUCGGAGAACUAAAGCAUUCAAACAGGGCAGCCUAUUUGAAAUGGGUCGUAGCUCGUUUCUUCUGCGUGACAACGAUGUUGUUCGCAGCCUCCAGGAGGAAAAGUCCAAGGUUGAAGAGAGACUGAAAGGCUCAGAAAGCCGUGUUAGGAGAUUAGAAGAUCUUCUCCAUCGCCAAAGUCACAUUUCACGCCCAGUCAGUGGACAGUUUGGGCCAGAGAUACCUACCUCCCCAGCUUCUCCACGAUUGGAAAAUGCACGCCUUGAAAACGCAUCUAGAAGGUCGUCUAUGUCCUCUAGGCGCAUGUCAUCAAACCAACCUCAGGAUGACAGGGCAUUGAUACAGCGUAUUGUUGCACUAGAGGCCGAACUCGCUGUUGAGCGCGAUGCAUUAACUAAAAUGCAACGAGAAACAAGCCUUGAGCGUCAAUCCAAUGUCGAUAAAAUCGAGGAAGCCGAGCUUACCAAAAAGGACUUGAUGAAAAAUCUCGAAGCAAAACAACGUGAAUUCGACGAAGAACGGAGAUUCUUGGAAUCAGAAGGGGCCAAGUUCAAGGCUAGAAUUGAAGAGCUUGAAGAUGAAUUGGACAGGGCUAUGGAUUCCCACGACCAUGAAAGACAUGAACUUGAUGAGAAGUUUGAGUUACUUUACAAAGAACUUGAAACGGCUCGAGGCAGGGGCCAGGAGGAUGCCACGACGCAAGCCCGUCUUUCCAAGUUAACUGAUCGAAAUAAUGAGCUAGAAGACCAGAUUCAGUCUAUUCACCGAGUACAAAAGGACUUGGUACAAGGCUUGCAAUCUGCAUACCAUAAUGCCUCUAACUCUACGCCCCCAAAUGAGAUUAAAGAAUUGGUAGAUGCCCUUUGUGUCGUUGUGGAAGGCUUAGCUAUCCAUUCUAAGGGUUCAGAUGAAGCCCUAGCGGAGCUGAGCAAGGAAAACGAUAACCUAAACCAAAAGAUAGCUCAAAUGGAAGAAGAUGCAAAGACCUUUGGAGAGAAGCUGGAGUUGGAGAGAGAGAAAAAUUCCAGCCUUCAGAAACAAUUCAAUGACGUCAAGGCUGAGAUGGAAGAAGCAAACGCAAAGCUAGAAAAAGAGCAAAAGGAGACAGCAUCUUUGAAAUCUGCUCUUGGGUCCGAGAAGGACAAAACACAAACAUCGAGCCAACUCGUUACGGAAGGAGAACGAAAGAUUGCCGAACUAAACGAACGAGUACAGCGUAUGGAAAAAGACAACAGUUCAAUCACAGCAGAACUCUUAGAAUGGAAGCAAAAGGCCGAAACCGUUCACGCAGAUAGCAUGGCGUCCAAUUCUUGGUUUGAUGCCAGAGGCAGUCGUGCUGGUGAUAUGUCAGUAAAGGUCCAUACGCUUGUCGAACAGCUAUCACGGAUCCUUGAGGAACUUGGAUUUACAAUUGUCACACAGGACAAUUCAAUGACAAUUCAACGAACAUCUAGAGUAAUGAAUGGUCUUUCGGUCGGGGAUAGCAUGUCAUCUUCGACACUUAUACGCACAAUCCCAACACCCGAACAUGUGCAUUGGGCUAAAACAGGAAACGAGGAUGACGAAUCGUCUCAAUUUUCUUCAUUCAUGGCCGCUAUUGAUCGGAUGGAUAUAGCCGCCUGUGCAGACGCAGUGAUUAAAAGAGUUAAAGAUAUCGAAACUUUGGCCCGGAAAUGGCAAAAAGAAGCUCGAGGAUACCGAGAUAAAUACCACCGUGCUCAAAGUGAAGCCCACGACAAAAUUGCCUAUCGAUCAUUCAAAGCUGGGGAUCUCGCACUCUUCUUACCUACUCGCAACCAAGAAAUUCGAUCAUGGGCAGCAUUUAAUGUCGGAGCACCACAUUACUUCCUACGAGAACAGGAGGUGCAUAAGCUCCAUACGCGUGACUGGCUCCUUGCCCGAAUCACAAAGGCGGAGGAGAGAGUAGUUGACCUUUCCAAAUCCAUGAAUGGGGCAAACCACGAUCGCCUUUCGACAGGAGGGAAUGACGGUGCUUCAAUCGACGAUGAUAACCCCUUUGAGCUAUCAGAUGGCCUGAGAUGGUAUCUUUUGGAUGCAUCAGAAGAAAAACCACGAGCCCCCAGCACUCCAGGGCUCGGAAAGAGUACGGUUGCUUCUGCGCACGUUGAUGCAAAGGGAAGCAUCCGGCUGAAACGGGCAGCAUACGGUGGAGGAGCCACCAAAACUCUAUCGAAGAGCUUGGAUAGCAGACGAAACAGUUCGGCAUCAAGAAACGGCGCACCCAUACCUACACUACAGCCAGCAUCAACAAGCGAGACCGUACUGCCAUCAGAUGGUGACCAGUGUGCGGAGAGCCGCAGAGAGGAGGCACAAAUAUUUGACGAGGUUCGCAGAGAUCUGUUAUCGGGUCCCUCAAAUGAAUCAAAUAAAUGA